AUGUCGAGCGACGCGCGGGACCAGAGGACACCGGGCCACGAGUCUGGCGCCGCGCUGUUGGCCUACGGCCACGAAGUGCUCCACGACUACGUGGCCACGCGGUGCGAGGCCGCUCUGGGCCGCAGCAUUCCCCACAUGGAAGUGCGCUUCCACAACCUCUCGAUCACGGCCGACGUUGUCGUCACGGACGUCAACGAGAGCGCGACGGAGCUCCCGACCAUCUGGCACACGGUCAAGAAGCGCCUCGUGCGGCUCUCGGCCACGAAGCACGUGGUCCCGCAGGCGAUCGUCCGGAGCGCCUCGGGCGUGUUCAAGCCCGGGACCAUGACGCUCUUGCUGGGCCAGCCAGGCUCGGGCAAGUCGUCGCUCUUGAAGGCCCUAAGCGGCCGCUUCCCGCAGGACAAACACGUGACCAUUUGCGGCGACGUGACGUACAACGGCGUGGCUCAGGCGGACUUGCUCGAGCGGCUGCCGCAGUUUGUCGCCUACGUGACGCAGCGCGACCGGCACUUUCCUGCGCUCACGGUCAAAGAGACGCUCGAGUACGCCCACCGGUUCUGCCAUGGCGAGCUGCCCACGCGCGUCGAGAAGAAGCUGACGAAAGGCACGGCAGUGGAGAACAAGGCUGCGCUGGACACGGUGCAGGCGCUGCUGACCCAUUACCCGGAAGUCGUGAUCCAGCAGCUCGGGCUGCAAACGUGCCAAGACACGAUCGUGGGCAAUGGCAUGAUGCGCGGCGUCUCGGGCGGCGAGCGCAAGCGCGUGACGACGGGGGAGAUGGAGUUUGGCAUGAAGUACGUGUCGCUGAUGGAUGAGAUCAGCACGGGACUGGACAGUGCCGCGACGUACGACAUUAUCAAGACGCAGCGCAGCGUCGUCAAGCGGAUGCGGAGGACAGUGGUGACCGCACUCUUGCAGCCGGGCCCCGAGGUGUUUGAGCUCUUUGACAAUGUCAUGCUCCUGAACGAGGGCGAGAUCAUGUACAAUGGUCCGCGAGAGCAGGUGGUCGACUACUUUGAGCGCUUGGGCUUCAAGCGUCCACCGCAACGCGACGUGGCCGACUUCUUGCUGGACUUGGGGACGAACCAGCAGUACAAGUACGAGUCGACCGUGCCGUCUGGCAUGUCGCAUUGCCCACGCCUCGCGAGCGAGUUUGCCGAGCACUUUCGCCAGUCGAGCAUUUACCGCACUUUGCUGGCAGCACUGGAAGCUCCGCAUGACCCACAGCUGCUCGAGAACGUAAGCAACGACAUUGAAACGAUGCCUAAGUUCCAUCAGUCGUUCUGGGCCAACACAUGGACGCUCAUGGAGCGUCAGAACAAGGUGACCAUGCGCAACACUGCGUUCCUCAAGGGCCGCGCCAUCAUGGUGAUUGUCAUGGGUCUGGUCAAUGCGUCGACAUUCUGGGACGUGGACCCGGCGAACGUACAGGUGCUGCUGGGUGUGCUCUUCCAGGCCGUGCUGUUUUUGUCGCUGGGGCAAGCGUCCCAGAUCCCGACAUUCAUGGCUGCGCGCGACAUCUUUUACAAGCAGCGUGGUGCCAAUUUCUACCGCACGGCAUCGUACGUACUAUCGUGCUCGGUAGCUCAAGUCCCGCUGGCAUUCGCGGAAGCCAUUGUCUUUGGCUCGUUGCUGUACUGGAUGUGCGGCCUCGUUUCUUCAGUAAGCGCGUUCCUCAUCUACCUGGUCGUGCUGUUUCUGACGAACUUGGCGUUUGCGGCAUGGUUCUUCUUCGUUGCGUCGAUCUCGCCGGACCUGCACGUGUCGAAACCGAUUGCCAUGAUCACGAUCUUGUUCUUCGUGCUGUUUGCUGGCUUCAUCGUGGUCAAGAGCCAAAUACCCGACUGGCUGGUAUGGAUCUACUGGGUCGAUCCGUUUUCGUGGUGCCUGCGUGGUCUGGCUGUGAAUCAGUACCGCUCGUCGGUGUUUGAAGUGUGCGUGUUUGAAGGCGUGGAUUACUGCUCGGAGUUUGGCAUGUACAUGGGCGAGUACUCCCUGUCGCUGUACGACGUGCCGUCCGAGAAGUCGUGGACUAUCUACGGCAUCAUCUUCAUGGGCGCAGCGUACGUGUUGUUCAUGUUCCUGGGAUGUCUGGCGCUGGAGUACAAGCGGUACGAAAGUCCGGCGCACACGGUGUUGACGAAGAAGACUGUGAACGAGCCUGAUGGCUACACGUUGGUGGAGACCCCGAAGAAGAGCGCGGCUUGUAACGCCGACGGCGCUUGUUUCGUUGAGGUGAAGGAGCGCAAGAAGAACUUCACGCCCGUGACAGUAGCGUUCCAGGACUUGUGGUACUCAGUGCCGAACCCGAAGAGUCCGAAGGAGACGCUGGAUCUGCUGAAGGGUGUGAGUGGAUUUGCGAUGCCAGGCUCAAUGACAGCUCUGAUGGGCUCAUCGGGCGCUGGCAAGACGACGUUGAUGGACGUGAUUGCCGGUCGCAAGACGGGAGGUGCGAUCAAGGGCAAGCUCUUGCUGAACGGCUACGAGGCGAACGAUCUGGCGAUUCGGCGUUGCACGGGCUACUGCGAGCAGACGGACGUGCACUCUGAGGCAGCGACAUUCCGUGAGGCAUUCACUUUCAGCGCAUUCCUCCGCCAGGACAGCAGUGUGCCGGAUAGCACGAAGUACGACUCGGUGGACGAAGUGCUGGACUUGCUCGACAUGCACGACAUUGCGGACCAUAUCAUCCGCGGCAGCUCGGUGGAGCAGAUGAAGCGCCUGACCAUUGGCGUCGAGCUUGCAGCUCAGCCAAGUGUGAUAUUCUUGGAUGAACCCACGAGCGGUUUGGAUGCUCGAUCGGCCAAGUUGAUCAUGGACGGCGUUCGCAAAGUCGCGGAUAGCGGCCGCACGAUUGUGUGCACGAUCCACCAACCGUCGUCCGAGGUGUUCUACCUGUUUGACAACUUGUUGCUGCUAAAGCGGGGUGGGGAGACUGUGUUUGUCGGUGAGCUUGGCGAGAAGUGCUGCAAGCUGGUGAGCUACUUCGAAGCGAUUCCUGACGUAGCUCCUCUUCCGAAGGGAUACAACCCAGCGACGUGGAUGCUGGAAGUGAUUGGUGCUGGCGUGAACCACGCCACUGGGUCGAUAGACUUUGUGGGCAUGUUCAAGCAGAGCGAGGAGAAGCACACGUUGGACGCGAAUCUGGCGCAGGAGGGCGUGACGUUCCCAUCGCCCGACUACCCGGAGAUGAUGUUCACCGAGAAGCGUGCUGCUAGCUCGUGGACACAGGCCCGCUUCCUCGUGGGUCGCUUCAUGAACAUGUACUGGCGCACGCCGUCGUACAACCUCACCCGUUUCAUCGUGACGUUCUUGCUGGCGCUGGUCUUCGGUCUGCUGUUCUUGGACGGCGACUAUCAGACGUACCAGGGCAUCAACGGUGGUGCAGGUAUGCUGUUUAUGACGACGGUGUUCAACGGCAUCGUGUCGUUCAACAGUGUACUGCCAAUCUCGUGCGAAGAGCGCGAGUCGUUCUACCGCGAGCGCGCUGCCCAGACGUACAACGCGCUGUGGUACUUUGUGGGCUCGACGCUCGCCGAGAUCCCGUACGUGUUUGCAAGCGGCUUCAUCUUCACGUUCGUGUGGUUCUUCAUGGUGGGCUUCACUGGGUUUGGCACGGCACUGCUGUACUGGAUCAACGUGUCGCUGCUGGUCUUGCUGCAAGCGUACAUGGGCCAGUUUCUGGCCUACGCGAUGCCAAGUGUCGAGGUGGCGGCUAUCAUUGGCGUCCUGAUGAACUCGAUCUUCUUCCUGUUCAUGGGCUUCAACCCUCCUGCGAACGCGAUUCCGGGCGGCUACAAGUGGCUGUACGCCAUCACACCGCAACGGUAUCCGCUGGCGAUCUUGGGCUCGUUGGUGUUUGGUCAAUGCGACGUCGACCCGACGUGGAACGAGAGCAAGAAAAUGUACGAGAACGUUGGGUCUCAGCUGGGCUGUCAGCCCGUAACGGGUCUGCCAGUGUCGGUUGACCACAUCACGGUGAAGGAGUACGUGGGCUCGGUGUUUGACAUGCACUACUCGGACAUGUGGACGCACUUUGGAUACGUGUUUGUCUUCAUUGCUGUCUUCCGUCUGCUCGCGCUGCUGUCGCUGCGGUUCUUCAACCACCAGAAGAGGUAG